ACUACAUACCGAUUAACAAGUUGUAAUUAAUAACGAAAGUUUCCUAUUCAUAUUUGAUUCAUAAAAUAUCUGCCUGUAAUUACAAUUUUGAAUUGCAUUGUUGUCAAUUAUUUAAUAAUCGAAUAUAUUAAUACAAAUUGUAUUCAAUUAAAUUUAUGAAUGUAACAUAUAUUGUUUAUUUUUGACAAAAUAUUUUCAUGCUGUAUAAAGAAAAAUGUCUAGGAGACUAACGUUUCUUCUUGCUGUGAUGGUGGUAUUAAUUUACUUUUCGUUAAUUGUGUUUAUGUUACGUCCCUUGCAAGGAGCUAAAAGUUAUUACGGAAAUAAUUUAAUAAAUCACCUUGGUUUACGAGAAACACCCAGGGUGAAUUGGUGUAAACAGCUGCAUCGGCGUUCUCCACCGUCUCCAAAUGUGGUAGCUCUUGUGUCAUACCCUGGGAGUGGAAAUACGUGGUUAAGAUACCUACUGCAACAGGUUACAGGAAUUGUAACAGGUUCUGUAUAUAUGGAUUAUGGUCUUCGAAUGCAUGGUUUUCCAGCUGAGAAUGUGACUGAUGGAUCAGUAUUAGUUGUCAAAACUCAUGAAGCUCCACCCAUCGAAGUAGACAAAUUCAAAUCUGCUAUACUCCUCAUCAGGAACCCCAGAGAUGCUAUUUUGGCAGAUUUUAAUAGGCUACACAAGGGUCAUAUAGGAACAGCUCCAAAGUCGGCAUUCAAAAAAUCUAAUAAAUACAAAAAUUCAGAUUGGUCGACAUAUGUAUUUAAUCAGCUGUCAACUUGGGAGACUCUCCAUCGGCUGUGGCUUAAAAGGUUCUUGGGACCGGUACAUAUUGUGUUCUACGAGAUCCUUGUCAGGGAUACCAGGAGGACAUUACAAGAGAUUUUGAAUUUUCUCAACCAUACAGUAACUGAGGAUGACAUGAAUUGUGCGGUAGCUAAUCGGGAAGGAAUUUACAGACGAAAAAAGAAAUAUCACGAUUUUGAACCGUUUUCACCGGAAAUGUAUUCUGCAAUAAAUAAAGUUCGAUAUAGAGUUUUGCGUUUGGUUUCCGAUUUUAGGAAAAAACAAAACUAUACUGGCCUAUACCACAGAUAAAAUUGCUAUUAAUGACAAUAGAUAAUUGUACAGAGUUAUAUUUUUUAAAAACGAAUUUAGGUAAUUAUAACGUUACUCAAUAUUACUAAAUGUUAUAUUUUUAAUAUGUUAUUUAUUUAAAUCAAUUUUACUAUGUAAAUCAUCGAAUUUGUAUUGAUAUAAUGCUUAUUGUAGAUAUUUUCAACAUUUUCAUAAAUUUUUUUUUCUAUGCUUUAUAAAACACUUGAUGUAUUGUUGGCCUAAGUAUUUAUAGUAUGUACUCAACCUGGAUAUUGAUUAACUCAUGGAAGAUAGAAUUGCGAAUUGUAAUUAAUUGAUUAAUUGAAAAUAUGCUCAUGCAAUUUUAUGUAUUUACGUAAUAUUUUAAGACCUAUUAUUUUUUGUUAAAGGCGGCAAUGGCGCUAUCGAAUCCUAUUAGUCGAAUAAGUAAUCGUUAUGAGUGUGUCGCAAAUGUACAAACUAACGUAUAAGAUAAGAAGUACUACUGAACUGACAUAAUAUAUACAUAGAUUAUAAUUUUAUUUUAUUUAUAAAUAUAAUUUUAAUUAAUUAAAGUACGAACACGAAUGAUUCAUAUAAGAUUUAGGUUCUUUAAAGAAAUAUUAAUUGAUUUAGAUUGUAUUGACCACCGUACAGUAAAUGAAACAAAAGGCGAACUUAAUGCCUGAAGGCAAUCUGCCAGUCGACCUUUAGAUCAAACAGAAAACCA